AUCGGAAGUAUGUUUAAAUGUCAGUGGCGGUUUUUGCUGCUUGGUUGGUCAGGGCUUUAAUGAAUUUAUUUAUUAAUUAAUUUAUUGUUUGUUUGGUCGAUCGAAGGAGCCGGAGGCUGAGGGUUAAGCAAUGUCAGUGAAGAGUUCGAUUGGGAAUCCUGAGUUUCUGAAGAAAAGAGUUGUACCAAAUCCAAAGUAUCAUUAUGUUCGAGCACGAAUUGAUACUGGCCACAGCCUUUCAAAGUACAUGGAAAAAAUUGAAGAAUUAAGAAAGAAUUAUAGAUAUAAAAGAGAUGAAUUAUUCAAAAGAUUGAAAGUCACCACAUUUGCCCAACUGGUGCUACAGGUGGCUUCUGUGAAUGAACAAGGUGAACGGGUGUUUGUCGAACAACAACGGGAAGAAGGUUCAAAUUCAGUGCUUUCUGCACCAGAGCCUGAGCUCCUUGCAAUUAAGGAUAAUGAGGAACGAAGUCCUGUGGAAGUGCAGCAGAAAUCCCCUAUAGAACUAACAAGUAAUGAGGAUUCAGUUGACAAACCAUUUUCAGUCCGCUCUACCCUCCAAAGUGUUAUAAGUGGUGUUGGGGAAAUUGAUCUGGAGAAAGAGAAUCAGAAAUUGUCCCAACCUGAGCUCUGUCCCUGUCCAGAAAAAACAGCUGGACCAUACCCGGACUGCCCUUACUUGCUUUUGGAUGUACGAGACCGUGAUGCCUAUGAUCACUGUCACAUUAUUGGAGCCUACAGUUAUCCUGUAGCAAUGUUGUCCAGGACAAUGAACCCGUAUACAAAGGAGAUUCUAGAAUACAAAAAUGCAUCCGGGAAAAUCAUUCUGCUUUAUGAUGAAGAUGAACGGAUAGCUAGUCAGGCUGCCACAACAUUAUGCGAGAGAGGUUUUGAGAAUCUUUUUAUGCUGUCAGGCGGUCUGAAAGUUGUUGCCCAGACAUUCCCAGAAGGACUAACCACUGGAUCAAUUCCACUGUCAUGCCAGCCUCCUGUUCUUCUGCCAUCUCGCCAGAGGCAGUCAACACCUCAGGAACCUCCACGCCCUGCAGAGGAUAAAUUCCGAUUUGCUAAAGCUGAUUUGAACAAGAUCCAGCACUACCUAGAUGAAAUCCUACUGCCAACUAACUCACCUAGCAGCCUCAGUCAUCUCUCUUCAUCAAGAGCACGGUUGAAAUCAUCCAGCAGCUCAGUUCGUGUCCAGACAGGCAGCAUCCAAAAUAAACCAUGGAAAUAACGAUCAAAAUGUUAAUCCUUCACCUUUCUUAAUACUUCUGUUUUUUUUAAAUCAUUGGCUACUGUAUUGCAAAAGAGCUGUAGAAAAUUGUUAUCACUGACGUUGUGUAAAAAAAACUUGAAGCAAUGUCUAGAAAUAGAUGCUUUUGAAAACAAUAGCCAACAUAAGUUUUCAAAAAUGCUAUCUACUUGGGUUUAAAUUACACAUUUUAAUUUAAUUUAUAGCUUUAAACUCCAUCCAAAAACAGUGGAAAAGAUAUUAAAACAGAAGAACAAGGGAAAGACUGUUCAGAACUGUCUCAUUACUGAGUCCUGUGUUGUCAACCAUAGGUUUUGAAUACACAACAGAUACCAACACAGAUUUGGAUGUAGAAACACAGAAACAAUACUUGUUGCACCAUAAGAACACCCUAAGGUAAAAUCCUGUUUUUAUUUUUCCUCUGGUUCCAAAAGACAACAUGAAGGAAAAUAAUUUAUUCUUUUCUGUAUUAUCACAGAACUCUGGGCUAAUCCCAGUCAUUGGUUUUAAAGGAAUUUACUUUCUUCUGUCCUCGCAACUAUCACUUGAUGAUUAAUGACCACCUCCGAUAUGAAACUGUUGAUAACAUUUCCAACUAGUGACAUGUCCUAAAGGAUACUUAAUGCAAUGCAACAGGAAUUAAACAGCAGUUGAACAGAUUCUUAUCAUUCCAACAGUACAUUAGAUCUGGUAACAUGCCAACAUAUACCACAACAUCUUCAAACUAUACAAUGGAAUACAAGUAACGUAUUUAUAAACCAGUGCACUUUGACCUAUUUUUCAAAAUUUUAACCACCCAUGACCUUAAAUUUGUCAAAUCAAUUCAGAACAUUUCCACUGGCAUAUAUAUCAGUGUGUCAGGGCAGCAUUUCAUAAACCAAAGUGAAAAGCUUCUUGGGUCAUUCAUUAAUACCCUGUUUCUGUUUGCAACUGGGUCUCUGAAAGCAAGUGUACAGCCUGACUGAUGUGUCAGUAAAUAUGUAAUGAAUCCAUAUGGAUGUGGCUUCAGCAUUCUUUGAUACAAAGUCUUUGCAUGUACUGAACUGGACUGUGGUGUGCUCAGUACAUCCCAUUGCCAUGCAUUAUUACCCUUGAUUUGUAGGUGUUGGUUAUUUGUUAAAUUUAUUUUCAAUUCCUGCCUCUGAUUUUUUUUAUUUAGCUUCAGUGUGGCAGCCUUUAUACAGAAUGAAACUAUUGAUAGUUUUUACAUGUAUUUCAAACCAUUUUGACUUUCUUUCGUGCUUACCAAAACCAGUGGAUUUACUAUAACGAUCAAAUUCCAAUCUUUUAAAAGAGAUUCUGGUGUCUUCAGAAACAGUUUAGGACUCCACAACUCCAUCUGUUCUUGUGGGAAAGAAAAGUGACCUUUCCCAAUGCUGGCUUUUAAAGUGAUCACCCUAUUUAGAUCCAUCUCAGUCUGGCAACUUACUGAGAUCUAGCAAACAGAGGAAAAGUAUUGUGGAGUAUCUCUGAUUUUUAUUUAAUUGUGAGACCUAGAGUAACAUUCACCUAUGUCAUGCUUCUCUGGAGCUAGUUAAAGUCUAUUUUAGCCAAAUGUACAAAUUAACUGAAUGUGCAAACCCUAAAAUGAAAUGUGAUGGUCUGUGUUUCUAUGAGAAAAUGAAGUGAGUCAAGCCUAUGGCAAAUUAUAUACUGUUGAUUCACUGACUGCACUUAUUGACUAGUUCCUGGCCACAAUCAAUCUGAGUUAAUCAGUUUUUCUUGUGCCUCCAAUUUUGAAAGCUUUUUGUUUUUCACCACCGUGUAUAUGUGGCAAUGUGAUUAUUAGAUGCUCACACUAGUGUGUUUCAUCCUGGAAUCCCAGCCUAUGUCUCUCUCCCAAGGAGCCAAGUUAAUACUUGUAUGUCUGCACAAAACUGAAGUUGUCUAUGUUUUCCAUCUCUUUUUAAAAGGUUUUUACUUGUGCUUGCAAAGACUGAGAAAAUGUGGCAGUGUCUUCUCAAUUACUUGUCUUUUUCCAAAUAUAUACAUUGUUUUCAUGAUUAUUGGCUGCAUGUGUUGACAAGUUAAUGAGCCCAAUGUAGAAGUGUCCUGUUACUGCUGGGUGUAAGAUUUUGUAGUGGCCGGUAAUCUCCCAGCAGGGAAUCAUCUUUCCUAACUGUGGACAUAAAAUGCAGCUCAUUACCAUGGCUACCCUCUUAGAACAUGCUUUUUGAAUACAAUUGCACAGUUGUUUCCAGCAACAACAUUCAGAGGAAAAUUAAUAGACACAAAAGCAAAGUUGGAUUUGCAAGUACUAAUCACUGUAUAGCAUUAAGACAAACAGAAUUGACAGGUAUCUGUUCGUGUUUUCUAAAGCGUAGAUCGUGAGCCAGUGGAUUGAAAACCCUCAGAGCCAAUAAAAAGUACUGUGACAGACAUGCACUUUUUUAAACAAGAUUUAUCUGACAAUGAUCUAAAUGAGUACCCCUCAGAGAUAUUCACUUCCCAAGGCCAAGGAUAUUACGAUCUAACUAUAAGUGACUUUAAUAUAUCAUCCUGAGAGUAACUGACUUAGUGCAGAUCAGAGAUCAAGCUUGUAACCAUCUUAGUCUGAUUUUCAAAAAGUUUCUUUUUACAUGUACUGCUGCCUUUUAUGAAGAUGUGAAAUGUUGCCAAUGGAUAUGAUGUGCGUGUUGAUGGCCUUUGAGUUACCCUUUGAGGAAUUUCCUGCUCUAAUAUCAGGCGUCCAGUUCGAGGCCUGGAUCGGGUCAGAUUGUUUUUGGUGUACUGCUAUUAAAAGUUGCAUCCCAGAAGGAUCCUUCAUAUUUUGUUCUUUGUAGUUGUUCUGCAUGUUUAGUGAAUGCCAACUAGAUGAUUAUGACUGUGGCAGUUGGUCAAGUGAUGUUGGCUUUUGGUUUUGAAUAUAAAAAUCUGCAUAUUUUGUAUUUUUUAAAUAAAAUGUAUUUGUUUUAAAUUUUGAAA